UAUUUAGCAGUAACACGAGAAGUCCAAGUAUGCGGAAGUGUUUGUUUUGGUGUCACAAGUGUGCUCCAUUGUCUAUUGUCUCGCUACCACACGGCGGUGGGUUGACUUGCUAAGAUGGCGAGUAAACAGUCGCUGCCCUUUUAAAUCCACCACGCCCUCAGAUAUAGUGUCCACAACACAAUGUGUCAUCUACAGCUGAGGACUCUGCUUUUUGGUGCGUGGCUGUUGGCUUACGUCACCUUUCUGCUCUCCAUCAGGAGAAUGUGGACGAUCAAGCACUCUCGGCGUCCACUGGCACGCACACUCUUUGCGAACAUGUUGAACGAAGGCGAAGGAACUGCACUGGAUACUCAGCAGUGGUACCACUGCAGUCCUGAUCUACUGGGUGAGUCUGUGCGACCCCGGUUUGUUCAGAGCCAUCUGGACUUGGGCACCACGGCUUUCCUCAAGCAGAGCGUAGAGAAGUCUACUUGGCUGUUCACUCAACUCUACCAUUCCUUCGUAUCAACUGUUCUCUCGCCUGUGGUGUCACGUACCUCCAUCAAUGGGUUUCUGGGUCGCGGCUCCAUGUUUGUGUUUUCUGUGGAGCAGUUUCAGCGACUUCUCAACAUAGACCCAGGCUGGAAGGCCCUAAGACUCCUGGACCUUGGCGCCGGUGAUGGUGCCGUUACAGAAAUGAUGCGAGGCCACUUCCAAGAGGUUUAUGCCACUGAGAUCUCGCCACCAAUGAAAUGGCAUCUUCAAAGGAGGAAUUUCAGAUUACUGGGUAUAGACGAGUGGCAGCAGAGUGGGCUUCAAUUCGAUGUGAUCAGUUGUCUUAACCUGCUGGACCGCUGCGACGAUCCUUUGCUUCUCUUGCGGGCCAUCCGGCGAUCACUCGUUCCGCACACGGGACGACUCAUCCUGGCCGCUGUUCUUCCCUUCCAGGCUUGGGUGGAAAUCGGAGGGACAUGGCAGCGUCCCAAAGAACACCUGAUCAUACACGGGAAGACGUGGGAGGAGCAAGUCACCAGCCUGUCACGUGACCUUUUCCAAAUGGAGGGCUUUGAGGUGGAGGCAGUGAGCCGCUUGCCGUACAUCUGUGAAGGGGACAUGUAUGAGGAUUACUAUGUUCUGGAUGAUGCAGUGUUUGUCCUGAAGGCCUCUGACACGACUGAAAAAUCACAUCAAUGAUGAACAAAAGCACCAAUUUUGUCAAAAUCAACUCUCUCUGGGUUGGUAGCCAUUGAAAGAACUGACUCAUUGUUUAUUUAUCUCGAAGGAGCUCAGGUUUUACAUUAUGUCAAAUUGUUGUGUGUGUGCGUGCCUGUGUAUACAUACAGUACUGUCUGUUUGCGGAAAGUUGUGGUUCUUUAAGUAUGCGGUUCCUUAUUCUGCAUCAAAUGUGAAAUUAAAAAUGUAUGUAUACAUAUUGUAAAGCCAAAUUGGAAUAAAAAAAUAUUCGUUAUUUUUAUGUUUUUACAUGAUUUAUUCUGUACCGUAUAGUGAACACAUGUAAAGACAUAAAUGAAUCACCGUGGCGUCUAGAAUAAUAAUGUGAACCAAGUCGGGUAUCAAAGUAUCUUUUAGCACAUAAUGGGGACAUAUGGGGUCCAAGACCCAAGUGUCUUUGUGGCGUCUUUUUUUUAAUACUUAUGUGAAAAUGUUUUCCUUUUUUAUAGCGUUAUGUGAAUGUCUGUUGUCACUGCACAAUGCUGCAUUAAAUAAUGCCAAAAA